CACGUCGCGUCGGCCGGCGUCGUAACAACUGAAUUGUCAUUUGUCAAACUCAAAACAUAGCCAUAGAUAAUGGCGCCAAACUUAAAAUUAUAUCGGGUGACUUUGUUUUCCAUCUGGAAAACAUAGGGCUAUUUUAGUUAUUUAUAUAAAUGAAAGCGAUUCGAGUGAUAUUAAAAGUUCAGUUUUAAUUUUGUUGUGAAUAUAUUUUACGGAAGGGUAUUCAACUUUCGUAAUUUUUGCACUGCAAUAACAUCUUUGAGAAAUUUAAGACAGUCAUAAUUACAAAAAUAUAGUAGGUACACCUUGUAGCGCGGUGGUAUCCUCAUCACUGUAGCGUUACAUAUGUUGUGAUGAGGUGGCGCUAUAUAAUAUAUGUUAGUGAAGACGUAAAGUAAGGGAAGGGUCUCAAGUGUCGACAGAAAUAUUACAAGUGUAGGCACAACCUAACAUUUCUAUACUAAGCUUUUUAUCUAACAACUAGGAAAAUAACCACCUACGGUAGGCUGAUAUAGCUCGUAGAGGACCAAAAUCGUAAUGGCGAUUGAUUUGUACUAUACUCCUGGGUCAGCACCCUGUAGAAUAGUACUGUUGGUGGCAGCAGCACUCGAUAUACAACUUAAUUUAAAUUUACUCAACCUGCCUAAUGGAGAACACUUGAAACCAAACUUUUUGAAGUUAAAUCCACAACACACAGUGCCCACUAUAGUGGACGGCGAUUUCUCUCUGUGGGAAUCACGAGCCAUUAGCAGAUACCUCGUUAAUAAAUAUGCACCUGGAAAUACUCUAUAUCCUGAAGACCCGGUAACUAGGGCUGUUAUUGAUCAAAGAUUGGACUUCGAUUUGGGUACACUGUAUUCAAGAUUUGGAAAUUUAUAUUACCCACAAAUCUUUGGAGGUGCACCAGAAGACGAGGCGCUAGUGAAGAAACUGGAUGAAGCCUUACUAUUCUUCAAUACAUUCCUAGAAGGUCACAACUAUGCUGCAGGCUCUAAUUUGACCUUAGCAGAUCUGAGUCUUGUCGCCACAGUAUCAACCAUAGACGCUGUUGGUUUCAGUCUGAAACCCUACCCUAAUAUAUUAAAAUGGUUUGAGCUCAUAAAAUCUACAGCACCAAGAUACGAAGAGACCAAUGGAAAAGGCAUCGAGGAGUUUAAAACAUUUGUUGCUCGGUUAAAAGCAAAGUCUGAAUUAUAAAUAAUUCCUUUUUGGUACUCAAUAUCUACCUAAUCUUUUCGGCUUCGACAAUAACACACUUAAACUUUUGACCAUUUGACCGAAGUUUUCUAUCUAUUAGUCGGCGAGAAUCUCCGAGAAUGGACGAAUAAACUCGCGCGUUGCAUGCCGAUGGUAUUGGUAGCGAGUAACUAAACUUAUAUUAUUUGUAAAAUUAUUUCAAUAAAAAAUAUAUACAUCUUACUGUC